AGAAACACACCAGUUUGGAAACGUCAACCAGCAGGUCCUACUUAUUUAUGAACUUAUUUUUGGUGCCAUUAUCUCUCUCUUUGGUACCUAAAUUAUCGGUAGAGGGUCGUUAAAGGCUACAGGUCACGGGUUAACGUCAAACGUCGCCAUGUCGUCGCCGCUGGAGAUGACAGAGAUGUACGACAACGCUCUGCUGGGGAUCUUGCAGCACGUUGGAAACAUUCAGGACUUCUUACAGAUCUAUUUCGGGUUCUUGUACCGGAAAACGGACUUUUACCGGCUGCUGUCCGGUCCCAACGACCAUAUGGGGUUUCCUCCAGGUGUGGCGGAGAAGAUGGUGUUAAAGACGUUUAAGCUGUUUGAGAAGCUGGCGGAGCACGACAGAGAGCGACAGCAGAGCGAGCUGAGGAGGAGACAGGAGCGAUGUGUUCCUCCUCCUGCUGUACAGGAGCUGGAGGUCUCCACAGAGGAGGCGGAGGAGCAGAGCACAGAGGAGACGCAGGCUGGGAGCUCCUCAUCAGAUCCUGGAAGUGCUUCAGCUCCAGACUCUUCAGAAGCUAAAGUUGACGCUCAGUCCGACAGCAGCAGCGGCACCGGUUCAGGACCGUCAUCUCAGGGAGCGACAGCCAGUAAUACUCCGGCAGAGCUGACUCAAGAGAAGUUUCAGUCCAACCCUGACAGUUAUAACGGAGCGGUGAGAGAAAACUACAUCUGGUCUCAGGACUACACUGACGUGGAGGUCAAAGUGUUCGUACCAAAGACCGUCAUCAAAGGACGACAGGUCAGCGUCAGUCUUCAGAGCAGCAGCCUGAAAGUGUCUGUGAGGGAGGGCGCCGAGGAGAAAACUCUCAUGGAGGGAGAAUUCACUCACAAGAUCAACACCGAGAACUCUCUGUGGAGUCUGGAGCCUGGGAACUGUGUCGUUCUGUCGCUCAGUAAAACCUCAGAGGUUUGGUGGAACGCCGUGCUGAAAGGAGAAAAAGAGAUUGAUGUCAACCAAAUUAACCGUGAACGCUCCAUGGCGACGGUGGACGACGAGGAGCACGCCGUGCUGGACAGACUCACCUUCGACUACCAUCAGAAGCUGCAGGGCAAACCGCAGAGUCACGAGAUGAAAGUUCAUGAAAUGCUGAAGAAAGGCUGGGACGCCGAGGGCUCGCCGUUUAAAGGGCAGCAGUUCGACCCGUCCAUGUUUGACAUCCCGCCGAGCGCCGUGCAGUUUUGAGACUCCAGCAUGGACUGAGCUCAGCUUUAUUUACAGAAAGAGGUCGCAGUAAAACAUAAUUUAGCUGCUGGAGGUUUGUUGUGGAGGAAUAGAGAUUUUGAUGAUGAUGUGUCAUGAAAUCAGACGUUUAUUUGAUGUUUUGACAGGAUGAAAUCUGAUAAAAAUGUGUUUUUGUUCUUUAUUUAAAACUCGACAGUGCCUAAAUGUUUGUUUGCCCUGCUGAGUUGUUCUUUUUUUUGGUCUUUAUUUCUUUUUCUGAAAAACUGCCCAAAAUGUCCCCCCUCAGAAUGGUCAAAUUAAAGGUACAUUAUGUAGACUUUUCACACUGAAAUGUCUGCAUUUAUUAAAAUGGA